AUGGCGGAGAGAAGACUCCAUUGGGAUGAUCCUAGUUCUCAAAUUUUGGGAUCACAUCCUUGUGUGUUUGUGGGUGAUUUUAAUAUUAUCCGUAAUGAUUCAAAAAGGAGGAGAGGUAGGCCUCAGCCUAGCAUGGCUAUGGAGGAUUUUAAUAAUUGGAUUCACCAAAGGGGUUUGAUGGAAAUGUCUACGACAGGAAGUAUGUUUACAUGGUGUAAUGGGCAAUCGGGGCUUGCCUGUUCAUGGGCACGUCUUGAUCAUGCUCUCAUGGAUAGUUCCUCCAUUGCAUUGUUUCAUAAUGCUACUUAUUCAUAUUUUCCACGUUCUACUUCAGAUCAUACUCCCAUGUUUAUUGCUCUCAAGAAGGAUCCUUUUGUCUAUGGCCUGGCCCCUUUUCGUUUCCAACAAAUGUGGGUGGACCAUCAUAGUUUUUUGGACUGUGUUCGGGUUAAGGAGAUUGAGCAACAGCUUCUAGUUAAUUGGGAGGAAAUUUUGGAGAGAGAAUUACAUAUGGAUCCUCAAGCUAUUAUUAACAAGAUUCAUAGAUUGAUGAGCUUCUUCUUUUGGGGAGAAAUCGAGGGGUGGGAGAAAAAGAAAAGGAUGGCUUGGAAACAUUUCUACAAACCUGUGGAAGAAGGAGGUCAUAGGUUACGACAUCUUCAUGACAUGCAGAAAGUUUUACACAUGCGUUUUACUUGGAAUCUUAUACAAGAUCUUGAAAGCAAAAUUAUGGAAUUUGGUUUAGGCGUGCUAGCUCCUCUUCUCAGGCCUGAUGGGUUUUCCCAUGAUCUUUUUCUAGUUAUCACGGUAUUCUUCCGCCAUAAGUGA